AUGCCUAUCCGUGCUCUGUGUACCAUUUGCUCUGACUUCUUCGAUCACUCCCGCGACGUGGCCGCCAUUCACUGCGGCCACACCUUCCACUUGCAGUGCCUAAUUCAGUGGUUCGAGACAGCACCAAGUCGGACCUGCCCGCAGUGCCGAAUCCAGGUUGGCAAAAGAACCAUUAUCAAUAAGCUCUUCUUUGACCUUGCCCAGGAGGAGGAGAGUGUCUUAGAUGCAGAAUUCUUAAAGAAUGAACUGGAUAAUACCAGAGCCCUGCUUUCCCAGAAAGAGAAGGAAAAACGAGACAGCCAGCUCAUCAUUGACACUCUGCGGGACACGCUGGAAGAACGCAACGCCACUGUUGAAUCCCUGCAGAAGGCCUUAGACAAGGCUGAGAUGCUGUGCUCCACCCUCAAGAAGCAGAUGAAGUACUUGGAACAGCAGCAGGAUGAGACCAAACAAGCACGGGAGGAGGCCCGCCGGCUCCGGAACAAGAUGAAGACCAUGGAGCGGAUUGAGCUCCUACUCCAGAGUCAGCGGCCCGAGGUGGAGGAGAUGAUCCGAGACAUGGGUGUGGGACAGUCAGCGGUGGAGCAGUUGGCUGUGUACUGCGUGUCCCUCAAGAAAGAGUACGAGAAUCUAAAAGAGGCGCGGAAGGCCUCAGGGGAGCUAGCCGACAAACUGAAGAAGGACUUGUUUUCUUCCAGAAACAAGUUGCAGACAGUCUACUCUGAACUGGACCAGGCCAAGUUGGAGCUGAAGUCGGCCCAGAAGGACUUACAGAGUGCUGACAAGGAAAUCGCAAGCCUGAGAAAAAAGCUAACGAUGCUGCAGGAAACCCUGAACCUGCCACCAGUGGACAGUGAGACUGUCAACCGCCUGGUUUUAGAGAGCCCAGCUCCUGUGGAGAUGCUGAACCUGAAGCUUCGCCAGCCAGCCUUCGGCGAUGAUAUUGACCUCAAUGUCACCUUUAAUGUGGAUACUCCCCCAGCCCAGCCCUCCAGCACCCAGCAUGGCCAUGCCAAGAGGCUCUUCCCAGAGAAGGCACAUUCUCCCGUUCGGGACGUUCUCAAGAAGAUGCCCAAAGGCCCCAAGCAGGAGUCCCAGCUCUUGCUGGGUGGCCAGCGCUGUCUGGGAGAGCCUGAUGAGGAGCUGGCUGAUGCCUUCCCUGUCUUCAUCCGGAAUGCUGUCCUGGGCCAGAAACAGACCAAGAGGACCAGGGCAGAGCCCUGUCGCAGCACAGAUGCAGUAAGGACCGGCUUCGAUGGACUUGGAGGCCGGACAAAAUUCAUCCAGCCUACUGACACGACUAUGAUCCGCCCACUGCCCGUUAAACCCAAGCCCAAGGCCAGGGCUAAGCAGAGACUGGGGGCCAGGACAGUGCUCCCUCCCUCCCAGGCCAAGCUGGACACCUUCCUGUGGUAG